AUUUAUAAUUAACAACCACAGACCUAUAUAUGUACCUCAGUGAAUACUGAACUGAAAGCUGGAAUUCCUAGAAAUUAAGUAAUUUAUUCGGGGAAAUACUUCAACAACCAUGUGCAUUGUGUUUCUGUCCAUCUCAGAUAAUCCGGAACAAGAUGGAUAUAAGGUUAUCAUUGCCGCAAAUCGAGAUGAGUUCUAUAAUCGACCAACGAAAGAGCUCAAUUGGUGGGAUAGUCAACCAGAUAUAAUCUCAGGUGCAAAAACUAGAUGGUUUUACUAAGUCGAACAUUAUCGGCAACUCUAAAAGUGAAGACCAUUAUUCGAGUGACUAUGUCACCAUACGAGACUUAGUCCUACCCAUAUGAAUUUAUUCAUAUAUUGUCCAAAGUCUCCAAUGCUUGACAAUCUUUCUCAUCAAGGGAAGAUGCUUGCACAUCAAAGGGUUAAACCAUAAAUAUCCAGCACCCUAUAAUUCCACUGAUAGUCCAGAUUAACCCAUUGAGUGGAAGCUAGCAUUCUUCCUUUGACAAGUAAAAUUGUCUGGUAUUAGACAGAGUAAAUUAUAAUAAAGUUAGGGCACAUUGCCAAUUAAACUUUAAAAAGUCAUCCUGCAAUUUUCUUUCUAAGAAUUUCUAUAUCACCUCUAUACUAUUGCUACAGGUGUUGACCUGUUUCCUGGAAAGGAAGGUGGGACAUGGCUCGGAAUGACGAAAACUGGGAAAAUUGGAAUCCUGACAAACUACCGACAGAGUGAAAAAUUUAGAAACCAGAGCGAUAAGGGCAGAGGGCACCUGGUAUCAGAUUUUCUGAAAUCUGAAGAAAACCCCAGAAAAUUCCUAGAAAAUGUUAAGAAACACGGCAGUGAAUAUGGUGGCUUUAAUUUGAUUCUUGGCGAUGUCUUUCAAGGCAAAUCUGAAAUGGAUUUCAGUUAUUAUUGCAACAAAGAGCACCAGCCUUUAGAGAAUUUGAAAGCUGGAAUCUACGCGCUCAGUAAUCGAUAUUUGGACUAUUGCUGGAAGAAAGUUGUUUUGGGAAAAGAACGGUUUGAAAAAAUUGUGAAAGGGGAUAGCGUGAUGCAAGAAAAAAUUGAAAAAGUUUUCGAGCUAUUACGUGAUGAGACCAGGUGCAUAAGGGUAUAGAGGCGGGAGGGGUAGUGGAUACAUCACCCAGAACACCUGCCACCAGUAUUAAAGGGGGGUGAAGGUGGGGGGGGGCAGAAAAAUAGGAGAGAGCGAAUAGGUUUUCUUGCUUGCCUGUUUCCUACUGCCUGUUACCCCACCUAAAAUUUUUCUGCCCAUAAGUCCUCCCCAAAAAACUAGCUACUACAUGCAGGCUAGCUUUAAUUGUUAGAUUUCCUUUUUUCUAGAUAUGGUGUUGAUGAUGUUUUCCGUGGUCCUGAAGACGAAGGCUUUCCUGACUGUUUUCUUGAAGUGUUGUCUGCAAUAUCAGUGAAAUCAAAUAUCCCUGAAAUCCAAUAUGGUACAAGGUGUGUUAUUUUGUGGUGUCUAUAACUAGUUUGCUCUGAAUAACGCUAGACGAUUCCGAAAGUCAUUUUUAUCUCAGACUUACCAGACCAUGCAUACAGAAAGUCAUUUUUAUCUCUGACAUACCAGACCAUAUUACAAGCAAUUAAUUUUAUUUUUUUUCAAUUUUUAGAACAAACUCUGUAAUAGUGGUAGAUCAUGAGGACAAUGUUACAUUUCGUGAACGGACUAUGGUCGAGCCAAUCAACACAAAAAAUCCUGUGUGGAAAAUGAGCACUUUUGAAUUUAAAAUUGUAGUUUAAUUAUUUUGUAAUAUUGACUUUAUAUUUAUAAUCUAUUAUAUCUUAUUGAAC